CACUAACCUUCGCUCAUCACAUAUCCAACACUCAAACAAUGGCCAAUUUAAGUUUUUCUAUGCUUGUUUUCGUCAUUGCCUCCAUCUAUCCCGCAUUUAGCUUUUGUAGAACCACAUCUUCUUUAUCUACUGCUUCAGAACAACUGAAGUAUUGGCAUGAAAAUGUACAAAACAACAUGCCUGGAGUUCUUCUGUCCAAAUUAUCUCCACUCAAUAAAGAUGAUAGUGAGUUUUUCACUUCAUUAGCAUCCAAACAAUCAUUUUCAUCUAAUGCCAAGUUUUGCAGUCUUGCAAAUCUAGCUUGUUAUGCAGAGAUGAAUAGCAUCAAGCCCUUAGGUAAUGGUUAUGGCUAUAAUAAUAAUAAAGCAUCUCCAGGACUUGAAAAUGUUGACCCUUUUUCCUUUUUUAGAAUCUCCAUUCUUAAACAGGGAAAUAGAGUGCAUCUCUCAAAUUUGGAGGACCAGUUUCCUCAACGAUCAUUUCUUCCUUCUCAAAUCGCAUCCAAAAUUUCUCUAGAUGAAAGUAAUCUUGAGAAAGUAUUUCCUCAAUCUUUUGUGAACCCCAACACAAAAGGUAAUAUUGACACUACACUUCUUUAUUGUAACUCUGCAGCUUUAAAAGGAGAGAUAAAAAGCUGUUCUACAUCCCUCGAGAGCAUGAUUGAAUUCUCAAAGACUACAUUAGGUAGCAAGCGCUUGGUUGCAUUGACUACUAAAAGUACAAAGGGUUCAGGAAAAGAACUUAUUAUUCAAAAAAUUAAAAAGCUUACUUUUGCCAUAUGCUCUCCUCGACUGAAAUCUAUGCAGUGGAUGUAGUUGAACCUAAAACAAA